CAUUACUUGUCACCAAGUAAGGUUUUAUGCUAAUAAUUAUUUUAAAUAAUUACCAAUAGUGUCCACUGCCUUUAUAUAUUGAACUUUGUGCACAAGUUUGUCAAAUUUCUCCACAAUAGUAACCAUAUUUUACUAUCUUUGUUUACCAAGAUAUCCAGUUUGUUGUCUAUAAAAUGGAACAUUGUAACUUAAAAUACCCACAUUGUGUACGAUCACAUUAUUAUGUUAUGUCUUACAAGGAAAAAAAAAAUAAAAUAGUACAAUUGCCACUACAUGAAAGACCCUUUUUGUUAUUCAGGAAACAGUUGUUUCCUUGUCAUGGUCUUGUUUGUGUAUGUUUGUGCUGGUAUGAUGUUAUGUGUGCUUGGAUGGGAUGUUUGCUCUAAAGACCAUACUUGGUCAAGCAUUAUGACUUGUAGCUAUUUAGAUCUUCCCAAAAUGUGGAAUAGCCAAAAAAAUAAACCACAACAAUUGGUACUUUUACCUCAUUUAAAAAAAAAAGAAAUUCGUGGACAAGUGAUCAGCAAGGUUCAUGGAAAUGUAUUUCACUUGUUAGCUGAGUGAUAAUUAGUGUACACAUGGAGCAAUAAACUAGUUUAUUGCUCCAUGGUGUACAGAACUCGAGAAAGAUUGGUGCUUUAGAAUAGCAUGAAGGAGGUUAACACGUGAGUGUAUUAUUUGAUAGCGUCCAUACUUAAAAGCGUCAAUUUAAGGAAAAAGUUCUGUUUAAGUAAAGGAUCAGAUGUCAUGUAACUUUAUUUGUCUGUCAUAUUAUGUGAUACUUUUGCAGACUUUAAUAUUUUGCAUUCAUUAAUUAAUCAAGUGUACGCACAUUUUUAAUUUUUUAAAAUUUGCAUUCCUUGGGCAAUUUAUGCAGCACGAUCAGUUAGAUGAGUGAUUAUAAUUGUGUCUGUAAAUUUGUUUGUGCGACCGAGUAAGUAAGGCCCAAGUGAAAAAGUAUUCCAGUUGAUCUUCCGGGUUUUUCCAAAACGAGGAGGAUGAGGGCUUUUUUUUUUUUUUUUGUUCAAAGGUCGCCGAGAAGCAUUUCAUUCAAAGUGUAAACCUACUUUACGUAAUUACAAGUUCUUUAAAGAUUAGUAAGUUAAAUGAGAAACACACAGAAAAGUUAUCUUUGUGAAAUGAAAAAAAAAGUAAAAUAAAGAAUAGUAAAAAGAAAGAAAGAUGCGGCCUCAAAAAAGGAUGAGGGAGGGGACGAUUAGCUGGUAUUUUUGUUUAUUUAUUUGACCUAAUAGAAUAAGGAUUACCGUACAUCUUAACAGGGCAUACAACUAUUGGACUUGGUGAUCAUCGUUUGUCAGAAAAAUACAAAGAAUUAAACAAAAUGUAAUUUGCCCACAGAGGAACUUGACAAAAAUGACAUACAUUUUUAACGGCAAAACGACCAAGUGUUUACCUCUCCACCUUUUUGAUGAUUUGUUUUAUUUGGAAACUUCGGUCUCAUUUUGCUGUUGAUCAAACAGAGUAAGAAUUCAUUUCCCGUAGUAACAUUAACUGAAAAGGUAUAAAUAUAUGGUGAAACAAAACCCUGUUGAAAGAUUGCAGUUUCUACUUUGACAUAACACAGGACGCGUGACGACCACCAAUGACGUUGUAUUUUUUUUUUUCUUUUUACAUAUACAUAUACAUAAUAUAUUUGUAAAUAAUUAUUGUUUUUCAAAAACUGGUUAAUUUCCAUUCUCAAUACGGUUCCCAAAAUACUAAAAAUGAAAACUGCCCUCUACCGGGCGCUGCAGGCUCGGGAUACAUCAAUUUAUGACUCUGUAAAAAUCAGUGUGUUUUGUAUCUUAUAUUAUUUAUAAGCCGGUUUGUUAUGAAUAAUGCAUAUCUGCAUUAUGAUUUCAAGAUCAUCAUAAUAAAUGCAUCUGGAAGAAUUUUCGGAAUUAAUUUGUGUGCAGUCCUAAAAAUGCACUUGCAACAAUAAUAUAGGCCUAGUGUAGUCCUAUGUGGUCCCACACUACCAAUUAAUUACUGUGCAUUCGAUUUGGAUGUAAUUUUCAGCACUCGUGACAAGCACGCAUCUAAGUCGACUAUACAAAAAGAACAAAAUACUGUAGACAGUAGUAAAGACCAUAAUAAAACGAAGAGGUUCAGCUGUUGCUCUGUCUGUUCGUCUGUCCAUAGGCAACUUCCGCACACAGGCUGGCCAUCGCGCAAGCUAGCAUGCAGUAGUCAUGACUUAAUUGCUGUUUUGGGUAUUUAAAUCGACGGGUUUCUUUUAUUGUAUUCAGGGGCAUAAAGCCGUAUUGCGCACUGUGUACGACCGCAUCACAUGACCAAUUACUGUUAUUAUUCAUGCCGUGUAGAAGGGUGGACGAAAUUAGUCCCUUAUUUAAAUAGUUCGAGCCAUGAUGCGAAUACCAUCUCUGGUUCAUUGAAACAAAUUGGUUUCCAAAAAUAAAAUAAAUACAUUAUUUUGUAUUUACUGUUUUAAUAUCUUUAGUUUGAAAGCAGAGCGUAACAAUUUGUGUAAUCAGCAAGUCCUUAUCUCAAGUUAUGAUUACACUGCGCAUGUCUGAGUGUCGUCCCUGCACGAUAAUGUCGUACGUUCACGAAGGAAGAGAAGCACCAAUCACGGUUUUUAUGAGGCAUUUUUGACUCUAAACAAGCAACUUCUUUUCAACAAAGUCACAACUGCAUCUUAGCAAAGCUUCUUAAAUCACGCCCAGCAGUAUUUGUGCGCUGAAUGCAGUCUGUAAGACUCCCGUUUAGCUGAAAAAGAAUUUGGACGGUGAUUCUUUCCCCUGAAAACGGGUCAGACAACGGAACUGCCCCUAAGGUGAAAUUCAGUCUCCUUCCCAUGACUACCGACCGGUCUAACGAGGGAGACGACUUGAGCUCUUCAUCUAGCACUGCUAUUCCCAAAAAGACAACACUCAAUCCUAAUGCCAAGAUAUUUCAAAGUCCGAAACUUGCCAACUCGGUGACAUCAUCUGCCGAUUCCACAGACAGUAGUCCAGACUGGCAUGACAAUGACAACAGGAACUCCCAGGCAUCGUCUCCUCAAAUAGCAAUUAGCACACAAGGUUCGUACCAGAUGAACGGAGAUGUUGGUAAACCACCAGGAUUGGGUUAUCCACCCUCUCCGGAGUCGCCGGUAUUCAAUGGAUACAUUGGCAGUCCGGAAUACCCAUAUCUACCAGACGGACAAAUAGUCACCUCUGAUGACUUGUCACAGCAAGAACUUCCAAAGGGAGAAGAUCUUCGCAAACUAUUACAACGUCAGCUAGAGUACUAUUUCUCAAGAGAAAACCUUGCGAAUGACAGAUAUCUACAGUCCCAAAUGGAUGCCGACCAGUAUGUUCCAAUUUCAACGAUAGCCAACUUUAAUGCCGUGAAGAAAUUAACUAAGGACAUGCCGCUUAUAGUUGAAGUCUUGAGGGAAUCAGCAUGUGUCAAGGUAGAUGAAAACGGUGAGAAAGUUCGUCCAAAUCACAAGAGAUGUACAGUCAUCCUACGAGAAGUACCUCAAGCCACUCCCCUAGAGGAAGUGAAGGCCCUCUUUACGGGAGACAACUGUCCGAAGUUUGUCAGCUGUGAGUUUGCUCACAACAGCAACUGGUAUAUAACGUUUGAAUCCGAUACGGAUGCUCAAAAGGCUUAUAGAUAUAUACGUGAAGAAGUUGGAAUAUUUCAAGGGAAGCCUAUUAUGGCGAGGAUAAAAGCCAAGCCGCUUCAAAGAAUAAACUUCUCCCCUAAGCCGGCCCCUGUGAAUGGAUACAGUAGUACAGGACAACAGAUGUUUGCUCAACAGUUUCAGUACCCUCCAUCGUCGAGCAUCAACACUAUCUCUACACAGCCACAGCAACAACAACAGCAGCAACAGUCCUCACAGCAGCAGCAGCAACAGCAGCAGCAGCAGCAGGCGAGUCAACCACAGCAGCAGCAGCAGCAGUACACAUUCUACCCUAAUGUUGCUCCAUCACAGCAGUGGGGUGUCACCAGUCCAUCGUACUUUGAGCCAUCAAUGCAACAGCCUCAGGCCUUCUCUCCUGGUGCCUUUCCCCCUCCGCCACCGCCUCCUCCCCUGCCACAGAACAAGUUCCAGGCAAUUAAUGUCAAUCAGCAACAUGCAUAUCAGGGACCUCGUACAAGGCAACAUCCAAAGAGUCACUCGCGUACUUCAAGUACACCGGAGCUGAGAACUACGGAUCGUAUUAGCAAUUCACCGUUUCAAGAAAACUCCAUCCAUCGGUCCAAUUCCGAGAGAAGAACCACUCCUAAUGGUAUGCAGCUGUCUAGUCCGAGGGGGACGUUUGAUUCUCCACGUGACAGAGACGCCGGCCCCAUGGACAGAAGAGACGAGAGAGACAGACGGGAAGAUAAAGAGAGGGAUCGAGAGACGGGAAGCGGGUAUGGGAGGAGGAGAGAGAUGUCGUCAACGCAACCGGCAUCAUCGUCGCAACCCAUCUCAUCCACCUCUACAUCCUCCUCAAGGAAUCGCUUUCAGGAGGAGUCGAUAACAAGUAGUCAAACUUCCUUACAACAGAAUUCAAGAGGUCCCCGCGUCAACAGCAACUACCGCAGGCUAAGAAAAAGGGAAGACGAACCUCAGAAUCGACGGAACACUCGAGACAUUCGAGACUCACGCGAUAAAGAGCAGCCUCCACAAACACCAAAGGAACAACCUAAGGCACCAUCACCACAGAUUGAUCUUGCCUCAUUCCCACCUCUGCCCGGACGGACGAUAACGGACGGAGAAGGCGGUGAGAAAAAAGAGGAAGAGACCAACAACAAUGACUUGGUGACACCGAUGGCAGACAUCGUCAAAGGAGUCAAGGAUCCAAAGCGUGCUGCCAAAUCUCAGGAAUCAGCCAAACCAAACCAUCCAGCAACGAAGGACAGUGCCACAAACACAAGUAACACACCGGAUAGCAAAGAACAACUGCCGUCUUCUACAUCUUUAAAAACACCCACCUUAAUACCAAGUAAACAAACACAGGUACCUGUAGCCACACAGACAGACCUGGAGAUAUCUUCCAACCCUGAAGCCAACCUGACUCCCAUCACCACCCCCUCACAACAUGCCAAGGUCAGCCAGACUGCCAGCACAGCAGUGAACACCACCGGCACUGUGGCAACCUGCACUGUGGCUUCAAUCGUUGCAAGGACGAAAGUCUCUACAGCGACGGGAAGCACGCAAACGGUGACCUUCGGGAGUCAGACAGUCGAUAGCCAAACAACAACAAAUUCAUCCAGUGCCUCAUCUUCAGCCAGUACAACUACACAUGCAACUGAAUCUUCGAUGCCACGUCUAAGCUACGCAGCAGUCAUUGCAAAGCGAGCAGCUAAGGCCAAUGCGGCAUCUGUUGCCGCUUCAUCAACCUCAACAGUGUCUACUUCUGCAACCACUACAACAAGCACUUCAAGUACCAAUGCCACUGAGUCCAAUACACAACAGCCCAGACAGACCCUACCGCCAUCCCAUUCAACGCCACUAUCACAACAUUCUCAUAAUACACAGGCACCGGCUAAGCCACACAGGCCCCGCUACGGCCCUCCGCGUAAUGAGCGUGAACAGAACUAUGAACAGAGGUAUCGUAGAGACUACUACACUGGCCGGAGAUCACCACCACAGUCUCGUCAAAUGACCACAAAGUAACACAGGCAGGAUUGUGUUUGGGGGCAGGGGAUGAUGAGGAGUGUGGCUGUUGUUGGGUUGCCUUUCAUACUAAUGCUGGUGGAGGAACGAGAGAAAAGUCUUGUUGGUGAAAUUCACACAAUGGCGAGUUAAUGCUUGUUGAUCAUAUACCUUGAAGCAUUAUACUCCGAACAGUUGUGGCUUUAUUUCUGUCACGGUUUGCUGUGUUACGGUCACUGUAUACUCCACACCUUAUAGUAUGUGAAAUGGUUUUACUUAUAGAAACAUAUACCACAGAGGACGGUCUUUAAAAUAUUCUCAACACUGUUACGGCAGGCUUUAAUGAAGUGCAGCACUUGGGAUUCAGAAGUCGGCGUGUCAAGACGUGGAAUUACAUCCUGGCUCACUGAGGAUUUCAAGAAUCGAUACAUGUACAUCUAGUAAACAUAAAGGUUCUAUCGUAAACUUGGGUGUGAUCCCUGGCUACUUGGCAGUCAACGGUUGUAUGGCUUCAGACUGGCACCCUUGAAUAAAGAUAUUGGAGACCGCCAACUUAAGGCUAGAUAAGCUCAGUUGGUAGAGCGCCGGAAGGUUAAUCCGGGUGUCGUUGGUACCAGCAAUUUUUUCCACACUACCCAGCAGGUUACCACAUCUGUGAUGAGCCACCCAGCAAGGCCGAUGUGAUGAGCUGUUGGUUUAGAGAUAGGAAUACCAUGAGGAUUAUGGUCUACAUGCACCAAGGUCCGUCGGUCUCAGACUGGUGGUGAAGAGUCGGCACUCUUUGAAAAGCUCUUGGUAAUACUUCUGUACUUGGGCCGUAUCCGAAUUGGUGGGUACGGCUAGGGCUGUUGCUAAGUAUGAAACUUACUUCUACGCAUGAUAACAUGGAUAUCUAGCCGUAGCUGUAGCCGCUAAUUCGGACACGGCCUUAGAUAUUAAAUACUGGAAAGAUGUAUUUGAUGGGUAAGGAAUGUUUAGCUCAAGUGCACUCUGUGGCCAAAAAUGUAACAAAGAAUGCUGAGCUCAACUACACGCUUGACCUGUUGUUGGGUACAGAGUACAAUACCAUGUGAUAUUUAAAUUUAUAUCCUGUGACAUACUAGUAUGGUGAAAUGGGACACAAUCUAAGUGAUGUUGUAUACAGGCAUCUGAUUUGACAGGGAGAAAAAAAAAAAAAAAAAAAAAACAUCACCGGAAUUCUAGCAGGGAAAAUAUUAGCGUGUUGACUCAAAAUCCGGUGUAAACUGGUUAAAGUUGUUUUUGGGGCUGUUUUUUUUUUUUACAAAUAAUGUGUGCUAUGGUCAUAUCAACAUCGGGAUGAUAUAGCCUGCUCUUUGUUUGAUUCUGAUGUGGAGAAAAAUUAAGCACGGACUUUUGAUGUCUUAAUCCAAAUCCAAUAGAUACGCUUGGCAUAAUUGGAAAAUUUGUGAAUGAUAUGCAGUGAUGAUUGUAUGAUUAGAGAAAGUUGGGAUAGUUGGUUUUGAAAUGAUUCGGUAGCUUUGAAAGACUUGGGGGGUAGGCUGAAAAUUGAGCUUUGAGAUUUGUCCGUAAUUUCACUCGGCGAACAGUCCAGAAUUCACCUUGUGAUUUUUAUUCUGCGACAAUUCACUCGCAUGCAUCCAAUAUUUGCAUUAAUGUCUCCUGUUUCACUGAUAUCGUACACUAGAAGUGGUAUGAUAUAAUAAUGUUGGGUUUCCAUAUUUUGAUGGUAUUGUGUGUAUGUGAUAUAUUGUUAAGUGAACCAUUCAAUCAAGCAUUCAGUUGUGUUUUUUUUGUUUGGGUUGGGUCUGAUUUGUUAAACAAAUUGAGAUCCCCUUUUUAACAAAGCACUUUUUGACAACGACCAAAGAAAUAUUUUAGGACCUUCAAAUAAUACAUUAUUUAUGAAGAGUAAAUUUGGUGUUGAAGUGGUUCUUUCACUUUGAGGUUUCAUUGCAGUGAGUUUCCCAGACACUUGUUAAGUUCAAUUCAUUGUGAACUGAAGGGUUCCAUAUCAGAUAGGAAAUUUGAGAAGCGUUAGGACUUUCUGAGAGCAUUGUUAACUUACAGAAAUUGGAAGCACCAUUUUAAGGUAAUGGCAUACAGAAUCAUGAAAAGACCAGAACCAUAAUGAUGGUUUGAAAGGGCGGUCUCAAGCAUACAAGUUACACUUUGCCUUUGUCGCUCCUUGUGUUUAAAGUAAGGGUAUACCUUUGUAAUAAUAACUCCAAAAGUUAAUUACGAUAACAACUGACUUGGUAAGAAGCACCGCAGCUGUUGAUAA